UUAGAACCGAGCAGUCGCCAUGCGAGCGCACGUACGUACAGUAGUGGCCCAGUGUCUCUGUCUCAGUGCCCUUAGUGUGGAGUGAAAGCCCAAGGAAAAUGGUGAAAAGCAGUGGCAGGCUGUGAAAAGCAGUGAAAGCCUGAAAGGCCUGAAAAAUAACGCAGAAAGGACGCACUCACACACACAGGGAAUUCGCGCUACCAGCACAAGUGCAUUCAGUGCGAGGAAAAUUCUUCAGCGCCCAAAAAUAGAGUGAAAUCAGCGGGAGCAACAACAACCUCUGAAUCUGGAUCGGGCAUAGUGAGUGGGCCAGUGUUGGGAAGUGGAAGUGGAAGUGUAAGUGGAAGUGCCCAAGAAAGUGUGGUACGAAAAUAUAAAUAGAAAUAGCCGUAGUGCAAGCACUCAAGCGAUUACAUAAAGCCCAGCUAUCAUCCCGGACAGCCAACAACUGCAGCUAGCGGAGAGUAAACAACUGAUGGCCCAUGCUUAAAGACGAGCAUCGCAGGAUGUAAAGCAAUAGUCAACACAGCAAAGCCAAAGCUCACAAUAGGAGUAGCCGCGGACGGAGCCGGGGAGACGAGCCCGGGCGAUGCCAAAUGCCACUAUUGGAAAGCGUCGUAGUCGUAAGAUUUGCAUAGCACAGCAAUAGCAGUAGGCACCAUGAGAGCCCCCCGCGCGACAAGCACCUCAGCAACAGCAGCAAUAGUAGACGACACUACGCACAAAAUGGUUAACAAAGGGAACGGUGACAAUACCAAGCUUAACGGUGAGCCGAGCGAUCCGCUCGCCUGAAAAGUGAGACAGACAGAGUAGUGUUCGAAAAUCGAGUGAGAAGCCAGCCAAGAGCGAGCGAGACAUGCAGCUGCCCUAAGGACCUCGGCAAGGACGACGACGGAGGACACGAGGCCCAGCAGCAGCCAGAGGCAGCAGCAGCAACCACCAACCAAACGACGACAAUCAGUCAAGAUGAGUGAUGAUCAAACGGCGUCCAACGAUGAGAAAGCUGUCGCCAAGCACCAGGUCGUCGCCUACACGCAGAGGUCUCAGGUCAAGCACGAGAACCGGCACAUCCAGCUGGUGCGGGAGUACGGCUUCCACCCGCGCACCAAGGCCUCCGUGGAGGAUGGCGACGUGCUGCCCCGCAAGUUCGAGCCCUUUCCGGAGCACAUGUACGGCAAGCCGCUGGAGGAGAUUGACACCUUCAUCUACGAGGAGACCUUCUGCGUGGUGUCCAAGCGGUUCCGGAAAAACUACAUCCACCGCUUCACGGGCACCAAGAGCCUCUUCCUCUUCUACCCAUGGAGCCCGGCGAGGCGUGUGUGCGUCUACAUCGCCACCAAUCAGUUCUUCGACUACUGCGUCAUGGCCACCAUCCUGUUCAAUUGCAUCUUCCUGGCCAUGACGGAGACCGUGGAGGAGGCGGAGUACAUCUUUCUGGCCAUCUACUCCAUCGAAAUGGUCAUCAAGAUCAUCGCCAAGGGCUUUCUGCUCAACAAGUACACGUACCUGCGCAACCCGUGGAACUGGCUGGACUUCGUGGUCAUCACCAGUGGGUACGCCACCAUUGGCAUGGAGGUGGGCAACCUGGCGGGGCUGCGUACGUUCCGCGUGCUGCGCGCCCUCAAGACGGUGUCCAUCAUGCCCGGAUUGAAGACGAUCAUCAACGCGUUGUUGCACUCCUUCCGCCAGCUGGCGGAGGUCAUGACCCUGACCAUCUUCUGCCUGAUGGUCUUUGCGCUUUUCGCCCUCCAAGUCUACAUGGGCGAGCUGCGCAACAAGUGCGUGCGCCAGGUGCCCACCGACUGGACCAACGUCUCGCACGCGGACUGGCAUAUCUGGGUCAACGACACCGACAACUGGUUGUAUGACGAGGAUGAGCUGCCCGUGCUGUGCGGCAACUUGACUGGAGCCCGCCACUGCCCCUUCGAGUACGUGUGCCUAUGUGUGGGCGAGAAUCCCAACCACGGCUACACCAACUUUGACAACUUUAUGUGGUCCAUGCUCACGACUUUUCAGCUGAUCACGUUGGACUAUUGGGAAAACGUAUACAACAUGGUGCUGGCCACCUGUGGUCCUAUGAGCGUCUCGUUCUUCACGGUGGUGGUCUUCUUUGGCUCGUUUUACCUGAUCAACCUGAUGCUGGCCGUAGUGGCGCUGAGUUACGAGGAGGAGGCGGAGAUCACGAACGAGGAACGCAAAAAGGACCUGCUGGACCACCGAGAUGAUUCUACGUUCAGCUUUGAUCCCUCGGUGCUAAACGUGAAAAAAUUGAAUAAGAACAACAAGAAGAAAAUCGAUUCUCGGAAGGGCGUGCUGCUUGCUUCCUACAGCAAGAAAAAGACGCGACGAAAAAAGGGAAAAGGCGGCAAGGAAGGCGGCACCAAUGGUAAUGGAAACGGCAGCAACGGCAACGACCCGAAAUCCCACUCGGCCACGCCUAGUCCGGGACCAAGUCCCCGCCACAGCGCCACGGAACGCCCCUCGGCGCUCACUCUGCACGCCCAGAAACAGUACCAGCAGAUGGAGCAGCAGCACCAGCUGGCCAAAGCGCCCGGUGGUGAAACCAACACUGCCACUGCUCCCACGCCAAAAGGCCGUAUAAGCUUCCAGGACAGCGGCGUGGGCGUGAAGAACCCCAACAUGUUAUACCCCUCGGACUACAAGGGCCAGCUCAUUGCCAGCAGCCGGCAGGCGAGCUCCAACUCCAGCGGCGUGAACCGUGAGUCAUCACAGGACGACUCCGGUGUGGUGGACGAUCAUGAGGAGCAAGACACGACCAACGAUUUGGGCCACGUGUCCACCGUGGAGCUGGCCCUUUCCCCGCGGGAGGUGCGCCUUAUAAAGUGCAAUGGGAACAUAGCCCGCAUCAAGAACCACAAUGUGUACGCCUUGCACCAGGAAUUUUCUUCGGAGGUUGUUGUAAUCGAUGAUCUGCCCGACAGGAACUGCGAUCGAUGUGUUCACUGGUGCACGGACUAUGAGAGCUGGCUACAAUUUCAAAACUGCCUAUACAAAGUGGUGCGGGAUCCUCUUUUCGAGCUGGCCAUCACUCUCUGCAUAGUGUUGAACACCGCCUUCCUAGCCAUGGAGCACCAUGGAAUGAGUGAGAGUUUCCGCAACGCCCUGGAUGUGGGAAACAAGGUCUUCACGUCCAUAUUCACGUUCGAAUGCAUUGUGAAACUAAUGGCGCUAUCCAAGGACUUCUUUCUGUGCGGCUGGAACAUCUUUGACUUGCUCAUCGUCACCGCGAGCUUACUGGACAUAAUAUUUGAGUUGGUCGACGGCUUGAGUGUCUUGCGUGGCUUGCGAUUGCUGAGAGUAUUAAAACUAGCCCAAUCUUGGACUACCAUGAAGGUACUGCUGAGCAUUAUAAUCUCAACGAUCGGCGCCCUCGGCAACCUGACGCUGAUCCUGGUCAUAGUCAUCUACAUAUUCGCUGUCAUCGGCAUGCAAUUGUUCUCCAAAGACUAUACGCCUGAAAAGUUUGACCCAGACCCAGUGCCAAGAUGGAAUUUCAAUGACUUUUUCCACUCGUUUAUGAUGAUCUUUCGCAUCCUGUGUGGCGAAUGGAUCGAGCCUCUCUGGGACUGCAUGCGUGCCGAGGAGGAGCAAGGAGCCUCCACCUGCUUUGCUAUAUUUCUGCCGACGCUUGUGAUGGGAAACUUUAUGGUGCUCAACUUGUUCUUGGCCCUGCUGCUCAACAGUUUCAACUCCGAGGAACUCAAGUCGAAAAAAGAGAUUUUCAAGAAGAAGGAAGUUGGCGAGGAGUCCAAGUUGGCGCGGAGUAUAGAACGCGUGCGGGACCUGAUUCGCAAGAAGCGGCAGGAGCGCAAGGAUCGCAAGGAGCGAAAGUUCGCGGAGAAGUUCCAGCAGAUUGUGUUGGAUGCUCAGCAGGCGCAUGCUCAGGCUCACUCCCAACAGGCUGCAGUCGGUCUGGAGAGGGGCGACAAACCGGGUGUGCUGGCCGAGACCAAGUUCCACAGACUGAGCUAUCAGGAGUCUAUGAAUCGGCCUGUCUCCGGCUCCGAUUUCGGCUUCCAGAUACCGCUGCACGACGGCUUGCACACAAUAGUCGAUGGUCUCGAGUAUGAUGACACGGGAGAGUUGCCAGAGCAGAUCCAGCUGCAGGCGCAUCCACUGCCACCCACGUCAGACUCCCUGCCACCAACGUACGAGAGCGCCAUGAUGGCCGCCGCUGCCGCUGCCUUUCCGACUAUCAUUGGGAAUGGGAAUGGAAACGGGAACGGAAACGGGAACGGAAACGGUCAAAGCCUGACUCCUUUCGCCCAAGCGGAGCGCCGACUCCAGCACCAAAUAUCCUCAGGAGUGAGCACUCAGCAGAAUGAUUCACGCGACGAGGCCACCUACACAGAAUCCAUCGAGCUGCGCCUGCUGGGUCAAUACAAUUCCACAGACACGGACCCGUACGCUAAUGAUCAGAGGAGCGGUUGUGGCUCCUUCAACCGCGCCGACUCGCUGCAGGAUAACUCCUCGCGGCGCUACGGAAGCGAAGAGCACGACGAGGCGUACCUUAAGUACCAGAAGUCCCUGCUGACGCGAUCCCCAAGCUACCGGAAAUCCCUUGAUCGCCUGUCCCAAUCGAGCGGGCAGUCGCAGCGAUCGUUGCUCAAGUCGGAGGAGGCUGAGAUGCGGCGGCACUCAAGCGGCCACUCGCUGAACUCCAUUUCGAUCGAACAGGACGAACUUCUGUCUCAGCAGGGCAACCUGCGCGAGGAACUGCUCAACUGCGACCAAAAGGAACUAUUUCAGUUCCUGCAGGAGGAGGACGAGAUGCAAAAGGGUACCAACCUGAGCCGCAUCUCAAACGCCAUGAGAUCGCGGCGGCCUUCAAAUCAGAUGGGUCAGCCGGAAAGCGAAGCAUUGGUAGAGCACUCGGAAUUUGACAACAUUAUUCAGAGCUUCGAGAAGGAACUGGAGGAGAUCAAGCGCUCCACAACGUCGUUGGAGCGCAAGCUCUCCAAUCUUUCAGAGCCCUCGCCGGCAGCCGACGAAGCCACAAAAGCCAUAAUGGAGCACAUUGCCAUCAUUACGGGCGCUUCAGAACGCUCGGCCGCCGACGAGGUGGUGCACCCGUUAAAUCCCUAUGAUAGUUACGAUUUGUCGAGCGUGCCACGGCGCUCGCAGUCCGUCAGCGCAGCCGCUCAGCGUCAGUCCGUAAAGCUGAAGCGACGCAGCCUGGAAAAGCAACGCAAGAUCGACGAGGACUUUAGCAUCUCAAACGAGAUACGCAAAAUCUGUGAUCAAAUCCAAGCUCCCUUCGUGGCCAUGGAAGCCAUGGCCGUGGCGGCUACAAGCGCCAGUCAGGCGACCCAGCCCAGUCAAUCACCUUUUCUCAGGCGCAAGAUCGAUCCCUUCACAGUGCAGUUUGACCGAUUUAAGCGUCUGUCCCUAAUAGAGCGCGUGGAGGAACUGCCCGAGGAGGAGAAACCCAUCUCUACACUGCGCAUCGAGUCCGAAAAGAUGCCGCGCAAGUUUGUCCACGGCCACGACCAGUUGGCCCUGGACAGCCUCUCUCUGAAGAGCACCAACUCGUACGAAAAUCUACUUAUCCAGAAGCAGAAGCUGGGCAUGGCUACCCCACCCGCCGUUCCCGCCACUCCGCCGACAUCCUUGAAAUCGAGCAUCGAGCCACCGACACUGGCGCAAAUUUCAUCGCUAAAGACCACCCCGCCGCUGGCUGCUCUCACCGAGCACCAGCAGCACUUUCAUGCCACGAGCAUUGACGCAGCACCCACUCACGGCCACGCCCACGCCCAUGCCCACUCGCAGGCACACGCUCAUCCGAUGGCAGGGCCGCGGCGACGCCCGGAGCAUCCACAAUCGACGCUAGACAAAGCCGCAUCCUUCCAGUCCGCGCGCACCGAGUCGCACAGCUCGGGAGCGGCUGACACGAGCUCGGCCUUGGCUCUGGCCAUGGGCCAUAAGACUGAGCAGUCCCAGUCGGCGGCGCCAGAAGCCACCCAGAAGCCGUCGGCGUUCACGAGACUGACCGAAAAACCAUGGCAUUGUUUGGUUUCCUACGUAGACGAUCUCACUGUCGGUGGGAGACGUAACUCGCAGGGAGCUUACAAUGAUCCCAUGACUUUUCCGAGCUACGGGGCUACCAAGCCGCCAAAGGUGCCCGACGACUGUUUCCCCCAGAAGUGCUACGAUCACUUCUACUUCCGCUGCCCCUGGUUCAUGAGCUGCAUGGACACGCAGAGCGCCAAGCACUGGACGCGCGUGAGGACGGCUGUCUUGGCGGUUGUCGAUACUCCGGCCUUUGAGUGGUUUGUGUUGGUGCUGAUCUUUGCGUCGAGUAUCACGCUCUGCUUUGAGGACAUAAAUCUGGACAAGAACAAAACGCUGAAGCGCGUACUGUACUGGAUCAACUUCUCCUUCUGCCUGAUAUUCGUCGUGGAGAUGAUCCUGAAGUGGCUGGCCCUGGGAUUCUCCAAGUACUUCACCAGCUUCUGGACCAUACUCGACUUCAUCAUUGUGUUCGUAUCGGUUUUCUCGCUGCUCAUUGAGGAAAAUGAGAAUUUGAAGGUCCUCCGCUCGCUGCGCACAUUACGAGCUUUGCGUCCGCUGAGAGCCAUCUCUCGGUGGCAAGGAAUGCGGAUUGUAGUAAACGCUCUCAUGUAUGCAAUACCAUCAAUUUUCAAUGUACUUUUAGUUUGUUUAGUUUUUUGGUUGAUCUUCUCAAUAAUGGGUGUUCAGUUCUUUGGUGGUAAAUUUUUCAAGUGCGUUAAUGAGAUGGGCGAGUUACUGCCGAUUACUGAGGUGAACGACAAGUGGGACUGCAUCGAACAGAACUACACAUGGAUCAACUCGAAGAUCACCUUCGACCACGUGGGUAUGGGCUACCUGGCCCUGCUGCAAGUGGCCACUUUCGAGGGCUGGAUGGAGGUAAUGGCCGACGCCGUCGACGCGCGCGGAGUGGACCUGCAGCCGCAGCGAGAGGCCAACCUAUAUGCGUAUAUUUAUUUUGUUAUAUUUAUUGUGUGCGGAUCGUUCUUCACACUCAAUCUGUUCAUUGGAGUUAUCAUUGAUAACUUCAACAUGCUCAAGAAGAAGUAUGAAGGAGGAGUGUUGGAAAUGUUUCUCACCGAAUCUCAAAAACACUAUUACACGGCAAUGAAAAAAUUGGGACGAAAGAAACCACAGAAAGUUAUUAAGCGACCUAUAAAUCAUUUUUUAGCUAUGUUUUAUGAUUUAUCCAAUUCGAGAAGGUUCGAGAUCGCGAUCUUUGUACUGAUAUUUCUUAAUAUGCUUACCAUGGGCAUCGAGCAUUACGAUCAGCCGCACGCGGUUUUCUUCAUUCUGGAAGUGAGCAACGCCUUCUUCACCACCGUCUUUGGUCUUGAAGCCAUUGUAAAGAUCGUCGGCCUGCGCUACCACUACUUCACGGUGCCGUGGAACGUGUUCGACUUCCUUCUGGUGCUGGCCUCCAUCUUCGGCAUCCUGAUGGAGGACAUUAUGAUAGACCUGCCCAUCAGUCCGACCUUACUGCGCGUGGUGCGAGUAUUCCGCAUCGGGCGCAUCCUGCGUCUCAUCAAGGCCGCCAAGGGCAUCAGGAAGCUGCUGUUCGCCCUCGUGGUGUCGCUGCCCGCCCUCUUCAACAUCGGAGCCCUGCUGGGACUUAUCACCUUUAUCUACGCUAUCCUCGGCAUGUCGCUGUUCGGACACGUAAAGCUCCAGGGCGCCCUUGACGACAUGGUAAACUUCCAGACCUUCGGGCGCAGCAUGCAGUUGCUGUUUCGGCUGAUGACCUCGGCCGGUUGGAACGACGUACUGGAGUCGCUGAUGAUCCAGCCACCCGACUGCGACCCCUUCAUCCACGGGCAGACGAACGGGGACUGCGGUCACCCGCUGCUGGCCAUCACCUACUUUACGAGCUUCAUUAUCAUCAGCUACAUGAUCGUUAUCAACAUGUACAUUGCCAUCAUCCUGGAGAACUUCAACCAGGCGCACCAGGAGGAGGAGAUCGGCAUAGUCGAGGACGAUCUGGAAAUGUUUUACAUUCGCUGGUCCAAAUAUGAUCCACAUGCCACCCAAUUUAUACACUUCUCGCAACUGUCCGAUUUUAUUGCCUCUCUCGAUCCACCAUUGGGCAUCUCGAAGCCCAAUAAUGUCGCUUUAGUGUCAUUUAAUCUGCCCAUCUCUAAGGGCAAUAAAAUACACUGCCUCGACAUUUUGCACGCGCUCGUGAAGCACGUGCUAGGUCAUGUCGAGGAGACCGAUAACUUCAAACAGUUGCAGGAACAAAUGGAUGUCAAGUUCAAGAAACAGUUUCCAACGCGCAAAGAAUUGGAAAUUGUUUCGUCGACGCGGAUCUGGAAGCGCCAGGAAAAGGCGGCUAAGACCAUUCAGACGGGCUGGAAGGAGUAUUUGCGGCGCAAACGGGAGAAGGAGCGCUCCAACUCCGGGGACAGUGCCACUCAGACCUCCAGUCCAGGCGGAUGGCAGUCGAAGCUCUCUGCCCUGAACUUCUUCCACCUUCAGGUGAGUCGACGUGGCACCGCCUGCUCAAGCCGGGCCUCGUCUCGGAAAUCGUCGCGUGCCUCGGACGCCUCCGAUCUCAGCGAGCUGGCCGGACCAUGGCUCAACCUGCCCCUGAUGCUCGUCUCGGGGGCCGACGACGUGGUCAAGGACAUUAAGCAGCAGAGCGACGAGCUGGGCAAACGCAAAUCCUCUUGUAUCUCCCUAAACUAUGAGUCCCUGCUCGCAGACAUGGUCACUGCCGUUCUCAGAAGUGGCUCGCAGCCUAGUGGCUUGAAUUACCUAGCUGCUAUGAACAACACGACCAACACCACCUCAACCUCCGCCUCCACCUCUGGCACGACCUCCUCCCCCGCCUCCGCCCCAGCCACUGGGUGUGGCCCAGCAGCCACCUCCGACAGCGACCGACACCAGGCGGUGGGGGGUGGGUCGGCUCCCUCACGUAAGCGCGCCUCUAGUUUCAUACGCAAGAAACCGCCCCUAGAAAGAGGUUUGUCAGCACAAAGCGCUUUAAGAGUAAACAAGAACGCUUUUGUCUCCGAGGCGCCAGCCCCCGAGGUGAUCGUCACCAGGCCGUCGCCGGACCAGCAGACGCAUCCGCACUCGCUCAGUCUGCGUCCGGACAACGCCACCCUGGUCCACGUGCUGGUGCACCGCGAGAGCGAGGAGUACAAGGAGGAGGAUGAGAGCAGCCCGUCCUCCCCCGGCAACGGAAACGGACAUGGUAUUAGCUGUGGCCCGGAGAGGCUGGCCAAGCAGGCGCCGCCUCAGAUACGCAUCAGCACGGGCUCGGUAGAGAGCACCAUGGACACGUGCUCGAUGCCCACAGUGCAGAUUAUGGUGGACAGUCCCAAGGACCCGCCGCGCGGCGAUUUCAGCGCCGAGUUUUCUGCUCACUCCGCGGCAGCCAUCGAGGACGUGGAUGCACCCAUCGAUGUGAAUGUCCAAGGAGACACAUCGCAGGUGUUUUACGAGUACAAUCCCGACAAGGCCACUGGCGGCCACCGGGAUGGUGAGGAGGAGGAGGCAAAAGCGCUGGACGAGGCACUACCAGACAAACAGAGAUGACCUCCGGUCAACAUUCCGCAGCGGGACUCGGAGCGCCGCUCCAGCAGUGGCAGCAAAAGUAGCAGCAGCAGCACCAGCAGCGCCAGGAGCAGCUCGUCCUCCUCGUCGUCGUCGGCGGCAUCGGCAGCCGGGCCGUCGGCGCGGCGUCCAAGCUGACAACCUCCAGUCUGAGUGCGUAUUCGAUGCCGAUUCCUGUGUGCAUUUGUGUCAGAACUCGUAGUUUCUUAGGCUUAGGCAUGGGGUCCGCCCCUUUGUUAUCAUAGUCGAUUACCUAUAUAAUUAUAUACUAGUCGCUUUAUACGAUAUACAUACAUAUAUACACAUAUACAUAUACGGAGCUAUCCAGAUUUAUACAUACAAUAUCAAUUUAAGGAGGAAAUCAAUAUUAACUAUGUUAACAAGAACGUGCAUUAAACCGUUGUAGUACUCGAAUCAAAUCAAAACUCCGGAAGAGUCGGAACCGCCAUCACCAUGGUUAUUGUCACAAUCAGAAUUGAGGAAGAGGAGAGUGGUCGGUAGUUUACUGCCCGAUUUAGUCGUAGUCAGAUCGGUUGACCCACCAAGGAGAGAAUGGAGGCCAGGUGUUGCACACGGCCACGUGUUCCCUCUGCCGUGGGCCGACUUUCUUGAACAUUUUCGAAGGUUGUUUUUGAACUAUACAAUACAUAGAGAUUGGCAGUGCUGCAUACUCGUGCAUUACAUGUGUAGCUAACUAUCGCGGUUAGAACUAGGCUCAUAACUGUAGUGUUUGUUUUCUCAAUUAUCGACCUCCUUGUACGAAGGUACAUGUGGGUAGCAACUAAAUACAUUGUGUACAUAUGCCAAAGGAAGUAUUUUAAACUAAAGAGCUAAUACCGUAGUUACAGACAUAUGACAUUAGUUAGAGACAAUUUAUUGAAAUAUUUAUAAAGAUUUUUCGUUACGAUAGAGCAUGAAAUUGCCGGUUAGCAAUACGAUUCCGAUAGAGAAUAUUAUCCAUUACCGAUUGUUCGAAGUACAAAAGCGAAGUAUUAGUAGAUUUGAUUAUUAUUAUCAUAAUAUUGUAUUGUACAUAUCUUAUGGCUCCUCCCGAUCCCCUUCGCUCUUUCUCUUCUACAUCCAAACGAGCAGUAAUAACUAAGCCAAAACCAUGUCAAGUGAAUUUGUACUCCACACGCUCACAUAUUUAUAUCAAACUAGGCCCAGUCGGGACCUAGCCACUACUGUGCACUAUAAUCGAAAUCGUUAUCAAACCAAUCCAAGGAAACCCGAAAUCAAUCAGCAGUCCUACCUAUGUACCACUUGAAAUGACUUUUAUGAUUGUGAAUUUAGUUAAGUUUGUUUCCGAUUUAAUAUAGCCGAACAAGCGAAUCAAAACCAAGACGCAACCAGUGUGCUCUCCUAUACAAAGAACAACCGACAAGCUUCCACAAGAACUCUACUUUAGCAAAAUAAUUUACAAUUUACUAUACACUCGACUCCUUUGUACGACUUUGAUAAUGGUUAGGUCGGGCCAAGUUUCCAAGAAACUCGCCUUGUUUUGUUACUUUUUAAGUGUUGUUCUCUCUCUUAAGUCUCCAUUGUGAUCGCAUUACGUUUAAACAUCGAACAGAAGAGGAGUUGGACAGUGGAUAGUUUACACUCCGCGCGGGAGAACAGGAACAGAUACCGGAAUACUUAUGCACACCCGCACAUUCAGGGCACUCCACCCGUCUCCAGUCGGGCCUAUGCUACUCUUACUCUACUUUCAUAACUUAACAACAGACAAUCAGACAGCGAUUGAUAGUAAAUUGAAAUUCUAUGGUACCAACUAAUCGUUUUCUCCAGGAACAAAUACCCAAAUGAACACACAACAACUUAAUUGUGAUUUUAACUGCAAUUUUUACACAGAAAAUAAAACAACUAAGGUCAUACUUUUAAUUAGAAUUGUUAACGAAGGGAAAACCAACAACAGACAGAAACCAAACACUCGUCAAUUAAGUGAUAUUUAACAUUGGUACGUACUCGUAUUCGAUUGUACAUAAACGAAAAACGAUUAUGAUAAUGGUAACGAAAUAGCAAUAGAACCUCAUCCAACCACGAAAAGUCAAAAAAAUGCAAAAAAGAGAAAAGCUUUAACUUUAGUUAUCUUUAACAGAAAUCGGUUAAAAAGAUAUUACGACUACAGAGCGCGGCGAGACCAUUCGGAGCGUUGCAAUGUGGGUGUUUAAUUUAGUCAUAGAGUAUAACGACAAUAAAAUGAAUGAGGCAUAUUCAAUUAUAUAGACGCAAAUUCGAGUCGCCGUCACCGCAACCAGAACUCAAAUUAACAGCAGGCCACUCGCGCAGAAGCCGGGGGAUUAACGACAAACUUAGCUCUUAGAUAUAACCGAGGCGAACUCGUAGUCGCAGUAGACGAUGCUUUGCUCCCAGUCAAGUCAAGCCAGUAGGCCAACAGCAAAUCGAACCAAGUGAAACCGAACAGAGGAGCACAGAACCGAGUCCUAUGCAUUUAAAGCUCACGGCACCGCAGGCAGGACACGAGGAUGAGCUCCCGGGAUGGGGCGAAGGGUGGGUGCAUGUCGCAGGAACACAUGAAGUACACAAUAUAUACCUACAGUUAGCAAUACGGCUGGUUUAAUUAGGCAUGCCUUACAGAACACACGAUUUUAUUUAUAUACGUAUUUAUUGUUGAGGUUAAAGUAUAUACGAACGGUAGGAGUAAGCGUUUCACCCGUCACGCUGCCAGCAGCAUAGCAGACGAAUAAACCAGUGGGAGCAGGAGCCAAACAUAAACACAAACGGAUUCAGAAAUCGUAGCAUUGUUCAACGCGCUCCGAGAACUAAGUCAAUUAUUUUAAUUUGCCGCUUUUAAGGUCCUAGUCCUAGUCCUAGUCAAACCAAAGUUAAUGAUAAUUCGUAUUCUAGCUUAGCUUGACCAUUGCCUGCGCUCCCCUCGCUCCAUAUACGCUCCAGCGGAUCAAGUCAGAGAUCCGGCCCCCAGCUUUUUAUACGCUGCUGUCGGACACCACUGGAACCGAUAAUUAGGCUGAAAAUUGUUAACAAAUUAACGCAUAGUUUGCAUAAAUUUCCACUCGGAUUUCCAUUGCCAUUGAUUGCCUCGUUAGCCCGUAGGUCCACGAAAUUCGAUUUGGUCCGCUACGCUCGGUUCAGCUCUGACUUAAAAACUAUGAUAGGCGAGGAAACGCAGAAGAUAAAAAUUAAGAACCCAUUAACCAUAUGUGACUAACACACAUUUUGAACCGAAUCAUAUCAAAUCAAAACAAAAGAAAACCAAGUAAAGGGAAUAGCUAAAUGAAAACUCUAACAAGCGUAAAUCUAACAUUUGAAAUUAAAUAUUUACUCGGGUACAAAUGGUACAGUAAAGAUAUUCGUUUAUACAAUAUUUACUGUCUAUAUAACCAUUAUAUACUACUUACUUACUGACAAUUAUUAAGGGUUUUGUUCAACUUCAUUACUCGUAUGUUAAUAAAAACAAUUUCCGACUAAA